AUGUCAAAUGCCGAGAAGCUUGCAGCUGAAUUUGAAAAAGGCGAAACGGAUCUUGACAAAUUUGGCAAAGGUGCUGGUAAAAGAACAAAGGCUGAACAGUAUGAACAUAAGCACUCGCAUCCAGAAGGUGAUACCAGAAAAAUAGUUAAUUAUUGUGUUAGUGGUCAGGAAAAAAGAAAGGGAACUACUAGCACAGGUAGCACAGCGAAGAAAGACUAA